CGUUGAGUGAAGGAAGUGAGAAAGGAGGAGGAGGAGGAGAUGAUCGUCCGUCACGGUGCACAACUGGGGACCGCGUCCUCGGCCAGACCCAUUCAGGUCGUGCUGUUUGAUGCAUUCGAUACCCUCGUCUCGCCCCGCAUCGCUCCUCAUCUCCAAUAUGCCGAGGAAGCGGUGAAAGCAGGCCUCCAAGUUGAUGAGCAGCGCAUGGCCUCAGCCUUCAAGCAGGCGUUCAAGACUUUGUCCGCGGAGCAUCCCCUCUAUGGAAAGCACACGUCCCUCUCUGGCCCAAGAGCCUGGUGGUCGCUCCUGAUCAAACAGACGAUGCUCACGUCUGGUCUGGACCCAAGCUCAGUGAAUCGUGUCUUGCCAAGAUUGACGACCAACAUCCUCGAUCGCUUUUCUUCCAGAGAGGCAUACCGGCUUAGCGGCACCAGCGACGCAGAGGUACUCGAGACGCUCAAGUCAUUACGGGCCAUCUCUGUCCAGUCGUCCCUCGCGACAAAUUCAGACUCGGCCAUUCUUCUGGCCUGCAGGGACCUCGGCCUCUCGGCUUACAUCAACCUCAACACAGACGUGGGCGAGGACGAAAGGGCAGCAGCGACGCUAUCGUAUGACAUUGGCUACGAGAAGCCAGAUGCCCGCUUCUUUAAAGAAGCCGUCCGGCGAGCUUGGUCCACACACCGCCGUGACUCCUCAUCCUCCUCCUCGCUGACUGAAGAAGAAAAAGCUGCAGCAACGCUCUACGUCGGCGAUGACUUUGCUCAGGACAUUGUCGGCGCCACACAAGCUGGCCUGCAAGCCGCUUGGAUCAACAGGGGGAACAAGACAGUGGACACUGCAAGCCAGCGUAGUCUUCCCUCCUUCUACCAGGUCGACUCGCUGCUGGACAUCGUAGAUGUCGUACGAGGAAGUCGGCACACGUCUCAACAAAUAGAGUGAGGGAAUCGAUAUUAACUUCUUGAGAGUGGAUGUGUUGAGGAGAUGGAGAAGGAGUUGGAGGUAAAAGAUGAGGGCUCUACAGCAAAG